UUGUUAUUGUCUUUUCGCUUGACUUCUUGGCAAAUUCUAAACAAACUUAAUUUCGCCAGGACAAACGAUUAAAAUGAGUGAGAUUAGGGGCGAGGAGAACCUGGAGCGGCUGCGCAACUACAUCCUGCGUCCGGAGUUGUCGCUCCACAAUCCGCUGCCCGAUGUUUUGCCCCGCCAAUUCGAUGCGAUGCGCCUGUUGCAUGUGCCCCGCUGCCCGGGGAGCACCAAGUUGGCUCCUCGCCGGGAUCAGAGUGGCCAGAUACUGGAGUUCGUGGAGGUGGAUGUGGAGGAUGUGGGCGCCAAUGCCAACAACUCGAUGUCCAUGCAGCGGGAGCCCGGUUUGCUGGAGGAGGCGACGCGUGGCUCCCACUCGAAUUUUCCCUUUUGGCCGGGCGGCUUUGAUGAGCAGCGCCAGCAGAUCGCCGCCCUGGAUGUGGAUAACUUCCAGUUGGGGGACAAACUAUUGUCUGUGCCUCCGGGCUUCAGUUCUGGUCACGAUUUUUCCCAGUCGCAGCCUGCUGUAUCCUCACUGCCACCUGUUGUCCCCGAUCCCAGCAAUGUGGACCUGUUGCAGAACCUAGAGCAGGAUCUGGACGUCCAGGAGUGGAUGAAGCUUACCCGCACAGAGGAGACAAGCUCUGCUGGUCUACCCCAAACUCCCAGGCAAUUUCCCACCGAGGAGUUCCAGGAUUUAGACGAUCAGAUCAUGAAAACCGACCUAAAGCCAGUGCUCAACAUCUCUACGACUACCAAAACCUUCAAGAGCGACUGGGCCGAGAUGGUGGACAUCAGCCAUCCGAUCAACGACUUCAAGCAGCAGAUUCCCUGUCCGGCCAUGGAUUUCCCCUUCGAGCUGGACGUCUUCCAGAAGCAGGCCAUUCUCAAGCUGGAGCAGCGGCAGUAUGUCUUCGUGGCGGCCCACACAUCGGCCGGAAAAACGGUGGUAGCCGAGUACGCCAUCGCCCUGUCCAAGCGGGAUCUCACCCGCACCAUCUACACGUCGCCAAUUAAGGCGCUGUCCAAUCAGAAGUACCGCGAUUUCCGCAAGACCUUCAAGGAUGUGGGUCUCAUAACGGGCGACCUGCAGAUUGAGCCCACCGCCUCCUGCCUCAUCAUGACCACCGAGAUCCUGCGCUCCAUGCUGUACUGCGGUAGCGAGGUGACCAGGGAUCUGGAGUGGGUAAUCUUUGAUGAGGUGCACUACAUCAAUAAUCCGGAGAGGGGUCAUGUUUGGGAGGAGGUCAUCAUCCUGCUGCCGGAUCAUGUCAACAUCAUAAUGCUGAGUGCCACGGUGCCGAAUACCAUGGAGCUGGCCGACUGGGUUGGCAGCACCAAGAAGAGAAAGGUGUAUGUGAUUAGUACCCUAAAAAGACCGGUUCCCCUGACGCACUUCCUCUACACUGGAGCCGGUGGCAAGAGUCGCGACGACAUCUUCCUGCUGGUCGACGCCCAGGGGAAAUAUCUGCAGGGCAACUACGAGAAGGCCGUGGAGCGCAAGAAGGAGAUGCAGGGCAAGGCGAAAGGAGGAGGUGGAGGUCCCAAGAACUACGUGAAUGCCAAGCAGGAGCAGUACACCUGGAUCGGACUGAUUGACUUCCUGCGGCGCAACAACAAGAUGCCCGUGGUGGCCUUCACCUUGUCCCGAAAUCGCUGCGACUCCAAUGUGGCUGCCCUGCAGUCGGUGGAUCUGAACACGGAGAAGGAGAAGGGCGCUGUGCAGAAGUUCUUCCUGCAGUGCCUGGCCAAACUGAAGCCGCCAGACCGCACUAUUCCCCAGGUUUUGGUACUCAAAGACGCCUUGGAGCGCGGCAUUGGGGUGCAUCACAGCGGCAUCCUGCCCAUUCUCAAGGAGAUCGUGGAGAUGCUCUUUCAGAAUGGACUGGUGAAGCUGCUCUUUGCCACCGAAACCUUUGCCAUGGGUGUUAAUAUGCCCGCGCGGACGGUUGUCUUUGAUUCCUGCAAGAAGUUUGAUGGUCUGGAGAUGCGGAAUUUAAAGCCAGGAGAGUACAUCCAAAUGGCCGGCAGAGCAGGAAGACGUGGUCACGAUGAGACGGGCACAGUGAUCAUCCUUUGCAAGGGUAACGUCCCACCGUCGAUGGAGCUGCGGCCCAUGAUCCUCGGCCUGCCUGAGAAACUGCAAUCGCAGUUCAUCCUGCGCUAUGCCGUGAUCCUCACCUGCCUGCGCAUCGAGAGCAUCAAGGUGGAGGAUAUCAUGCAGUUCAGCUUCAAGGAGUUCAACCAGAAGCUGCAGCUGCCCACGCAGCAGAAGCAACUGCGCCUGGCCGAGGACAAGUUCGCCAUGCUGCCAACUCUCGGCGAGCACCUGCAGCCGCUGGUCAACUUCUACGACAAGGCCGUGGAGUACUGGAAGGAGAAGCACCGCAUCAUGAAAUUCAUUGUAACCCAGCCGAAGAUCCAGAAGGAGCUGAAAGUUGGCCGCGUCAUCGUGAUCACCCAGGGAAAGCACUACAAUAAGCUGGCCAUUCUACUCAACACAAAAUCCGUGCCAGGCAAGGAUACCGUCUAUAAAGUGCUAGUCCUAGACCAUCAGUUCAAGGCCAAGGACAGCGACAGCCUCCAGCGGGGCGAACUCUACUACAAAAUACUCUCCCUGACGCUCAAGAACAAAUUCUUCCAGCCCGAGGGCAUCGGCGGACACACUGUUCUAGACAUCAAGGCCAUGGACAUUAUAAGCAUCACCAAGAACUCGUUUAAAGUGGAUGCGGAUGUUAUAAUCCGAAACUGGGAGCAGCGGCAGCUGGAGCGCUUCAAGGACACGCCGCCCGGUGGAACGGUGGUCAAGGCUGUGACCGAGCUGCAUCAGCUGAAUGAGAGUUAUAUCGCCAGUCCGGAGAGCAUCAAGUACGUUAAUUUGUCCAAGGAGAUUAACGUGAACGCAGACAGCGAGGUGGCGAUGCUGAACUACGUGGAUCACCUGUGCCGCCAGGUGGGAGAUUUGCUUCCCCACACGAAUAUCGCUGGCUUCGAACAGGAGUUCGCCAAGGUCUACGAGCGGCGGAUGCUGGAGAUCCACAUCGAGGAGUUGCGCUUCAAGAACUCGGCCAAGAAUCUGACCCUCUAUCCGGACUACUGCAACAAGCUGCAGGUUCUCCGGGCUCUCAAAUACAUAGACGAACUGGACGAGGUCACGCUCAAGGGAAAGGUGGCCUGUGAGAUGGGCCAGAACGAGCUGCUGAUCACUGAGCUCAUUCUGUGCAAUAUGUUUAAUGAUUUAGAGCCGGCUGAGAUAGCCGCCCUGCUCUCCGGCCUCGUCUUCCAGGCGAAGAUCCAGGGCGAACCGGUCAUUCCGGAGCCCCUAAAGAAGUGCGUGGCGGACUUUGAGAAGAUCAAUGAUACCAUUCUUGCUGAGGAGCAGCGCUUCCAGGCUGCAAUCGAGGCGGAGAAUCGUCUCAACUUCGGCCUGCUCGAGGUGGUCUAUGAGUGGGCCAGAAAUAAGCCCUUUGCUGAGAUUAUGAAGCUGACUGAGGUGCAGGAGGGCAUCAUUGUGCGGUGCAUCCAGCAGCUGGACGAAACCCUCCGUGAUGUUAAGACGGCCGCCAUUCGGAUUGGCAAUCCUGGACUGCAGUCCAAGAUGGAAGAGGCGUCGGCGGCCAUCAAGCGCGACAUUGUAUUCACCGCCUCCCUGUACACGGAACUUUAGGCGGUGGAAAGGAAAGACGAGACAGAAAUGUGAUUUCUUACAUCUAUAAAUUAUGCACGUGUGUCAAUUACAAUUCCAAAGGAUACUUAUAAAAAAAUGUAAAAAUA